AUGGCGCCGAAGAAUAAUCUCGACAUCCGUCUCACAGAGUCUGUCGUGUUCCUCCGCGGCUCGGCUGAGACAACCGUGACUGGACGACGAACCACGAGAGAAGCCCAACCAGCAAUGCUCAGGGGGUUGCUCACUCUGAACUUAGACAAGCCGACAAAAAUAAGCAGCAUUGAAAUCACCUUGGAGGGAAAGUCGCAGACAUCCUGGCCUGAAGGUGCGGGUGCCCGAAGAUUAGAGGUCACUGAGGAACACGAGAUCUUUUCCGCAACUACUGUCUAUUUCCGCGCAGGAAAGACGCAUACUGCUUCUGCACGACGGACCGCAUCCGUUGGCCCAGGCCUUACAUUCGAUCAUGAAGAGAUUGAAGAGGAGGUUGGGAGUAGCGAGGACGCUGCCCAUCGUUCUCAGUUGCUUGGCAUGCCGACCCCUCCUUGGCAAAGAGACUCACGAAGGAGAGUCAGCAUGGAUGUGCAGUUUAUUCCUCAUUCCUCGUUCAAUGAUAUUCCAACGCCACCUUAUUCACCCCCGACCACUCGACCAGGCUCGAUUCGUGCUGCCGAUAGUAAUCAAUCGAUACCAAUGGCCAUGCCUCAAUUGGCUCACCGGACUGAAUCGUGGACAUCCACUGCAAGUGCCGCUUCGAGGACAGAUCUUCAUCCAGAACCAAAUCACCUAUCGCGCGAAGCGUCUGAACCGCAUUCCUCUUCAUCCUCAAUUGCCGACAUCCCUCUUUCACGACGCGAAUCACAUGACGAACACGAUUCAUCUAUUCACGAUAGGAAUGCCAGUCGUGGUAGAUCAUACAUACCCACCACGCAUGUGAAUGGCGUUCAAACUGGCUCACGCACUCCAUCCGUCUCCACAGCCCUUACCUCUCCCUUAGCAUCCCGACAUGCUCCUUCGCAUGAUUCUGUGGAUACCAGUGCAGAUAAUAGUACGAACAACAGUUCAAGUAUCCUUGCUUCGCCGUCGCGUGCAACAGACAAUGAGCACCACAUAGACUCCGCCUCACCACACCGCGAUCGCGGUCGCCGCCAUGCUCGCUUCAGUCUUGCUAUGGUAAGCAACGUGCUUCUUGACGCGGUAAAAGAGCGGGUACGAUCGAACUCUCGACCUCGUGAGGGCAAAGAACGCGCGUUUACUCCUACUGCAUCUCGUGAACACAGUCCCGAAGGUCACAGAUCUAGUCACGUCCGAAGUGGUCUGGUGGAUCACAGCGUCGACGAGGAAGUUGAGCGUGGAAGGCAGACUUUACGAGACAAUGAACAUGCAAAGCAGAAAGAGAAGGAGAAAUCGACUUUAGAACGGAUUACCGAUGUUCUCGGUAUUCAUACCGAGCCAGCGAGUGGAGAGGGCGAAGGAUGGAAGGAGUUCAAGAAAGGCACUUACACAUACCCCAUCUCAUUUGCGAUACCCGGUGAUUCUCCACCAUCAUUGCAAUGCGAUUUUGGGACUGUUGGGUACAGUUUGAAAGCCACAGUGCAUAGGCCCGGAGCGUUUACUCAUCGACUGACUGCAACUCGCGAAGUGACAUUUAUAGCAUGCCCCGGCGAGGAUGACAUAGAUGAGAGCGAUAACAUUGUCGUUCAACGCGAAUGGGACUCGCAGAUGCACUACAUGAUUAUUAUUUCUGGCAGAGCCUUUCCGAUUGGCUCCUCAAUUCCAAUACAUCUCACCUUUAUGCCAAUAGCAAAGGUCAAAAUUUUCCGAAUAUCCGCGUAUUUGGAAGAGAAAGUUGACUACUACACACAGUUCAAGAAGAUUGCUCGUUCUGAUGCCACUCGGAAGUUCGAGCUGUUGUCUAUUCGUUUUCCCGAGAAAGACUCACCUCCAAUUCUCCCUUUGUCGUCUGACUAUUCGACCUCUCCGCUUCAUGGAUAUGUCGAUGCGGAAGACGAAUCAGAAGCCGCCUCGUCUUUAAUGGGUCCGGGUCCUUGGUCAAUACAAGCUUCUCUGCAGCUCCCUAAAUCAUGUUCCAAAAUGCAUUUCACCAACAAGCAUAAACGGAGCAACAUCACUAUAAGCCAUCUCCUGAAGAUCGUCUUCCGUGUGGAAAGAGGAGAUGAUGAAUUUGUAGACGCGAAGACUGGUCGGAGGAAGCAUUUUGACAUUGUCGUUCAAACUCCUUUACAUAUCCUUUCGUGCCGGUGCAAUUCCGAGUGGACCUCUUUACCACGGUAUUCGUCCCUUGCCCUGAACUCUAUAUUAGGCGCACAAACCUGCCCGUGUAUUCAAAGGAGGGUCGGAUCUGGAACGAACGUUGACGAAAAUGAGGCGAUGACGGUGCUUCCACCCGUGGCAACCACGCCUGUUGCUAGUGGUUCCGGUACACACCAUGGCCCUUUCCACGCGUUCCUACAUCCCUUCGAAACUCACGUCGAGUCUCCGAUAUCGGAGGUGGUGCAUACGCCUCUUUCAGGUACUUAUUCCACCCCAGGACAACCGCUCUCUCCUCUUCCAUCAGAUAUACCAUCGGAUGUGGCUUCAUUGUACAGGCGCAACACACAGUUUGCUCGACUUGUUGCUGGAGAGGAGAGUGAGGCUGGUGAACCGCCUCCGCAGUAUGAGACUGUGGCAUCUCAUGAGAACGCGAUUGGCGCUCAAGCUCAAGCUUCUGCUAUUACUGUUCCGGAUGAAACAUAA